GAAGCCGCGAUGAACAGCUGAUCCUCCCGCAGUGGAUAAAACCAAUCACAAUGGUGACGGCCAAGUCCUGAUUCCCGAUCAUACGCGUGGCACUAUGUGAAUAGUUAUUGGAGGAGUAGACACAGGAGAAUUAUUAACCGGAAAUUAGGGUUAAGGAGUCUUUUUGGGGCGUACUAAUAUAUAUUUUUUUCGGUUUGGACCUGUCGAUCAUCAGUAUUACAGACGGACACGCUGUGCGCUCAGACUACCUGCCGCUCUUCGCUCUGCGCUCACCGACGCUCAAUUAUGUUAUUAUCAAGUUUCCUCAUUUUUACCGUCUCCUACUUUAUGGCGCCUCUGUUCCUCUGUUACCUGCCUCAAGUGUCGGCACAGAAGCCUGGGUCACGGUGGCUGAUUGGAGACAGAGACAGGGACUGUGGGAUCACCUGCUCACGGACGGGGAAGCCGGUGUGUGGUUCAGACGGGCGGAGCUAUGACAGCAACUGUGAAUUGCAGAAGGCGCGCUGCAAAGAUAAGACACUCACAUUAGCACACAGAGGCCGGUGUCGAGGUAAAAACUGGGUGUUGCCAGUGGCUCUAGCACCAACUGCUAUAUCUGAAGGGAGAGACGUGGAGCUCAAAGAUGCAGGACAGUCCAAGUGUCGUGUUGAGAGGAACCAGGCUCUGGAGCAAGCCAGAAGACCUCAGUCUUCAGAGUCCAUGUUCAUCCCAGAAUGCAAUGAAGAUGGAACAUUUGCCCAGGUCCAGUGCCAUACUCUGACCGGUUACUGCUGGUGUGUUACCAGUGAUGGCAAGCCAGUGAGUGGCUCCUCUGUGCACAACAGGACCCCAGUGUGUUCAGGAAACUUCCGUGAAUUUAUGGGAACUCAUGCUGGGACAAGUGGAUUGUCAGGGUCAGUAACUGAUAAGCCACCAGGGCCACCAAACACAGAUAGAAAAGUAGUCUCUUUCCGUUUCUUUCUCACCCUUAACCCAGAUGAUGGCUCCAAGCCCACACCCACCAUGGAGACUCAUGUCCCCCCUGAGGGUGAUGAGAUAACUGCUCCAACACUAUGGAUAAAACAGCUGGUUUACAAGGAGAACAAAAAGAACAGCUCCUCUUCCAGGAAACCAGAGAAAGUUCCCUCUUGUGACCAGGAGAGACAGAGUGCUCUGGAAGAGGCUCUGCAGAAUCCUCGUGAGGCCAUUUUCAUCCCCGACUGUGGGCCUGGAGGCCUUUACAAGGCCGUCCAGUGCCACCAGUCCACAGGCUACUGUUGGUGUGUUCUAGUGGACACGGGACGCCCCAUUCCUGGAACCUCUACCAGGUACCAGACGCCUGAGUGCGAUGGAGCUGCACGAUCUCGAGUCUCGGACACAGAAGAAGCAUUCCAAGGCAGAGAACUGCAAGGCUGCCCUGAGGGCAAGAAAGUGGAAUUCAUUACAAGCUUGUUAGAUGCCCUCACCACAGACAUGGUGCAAGCCAUAAACUCACCAGCCCCCUCUGGUGGUGGGAGGUUUGUGGAGCCUGACCCCAGUCACACUUUAGAAGAGAGGGUGGUGCACUGGUACUUUGCCCAGUUGGAUAACAAUGGUAGUCAAGACAUCAACAAGAAGGAACUAAAGCCUUUCAAGAAGUACUUGAAGAAGAAAGCCAAACCCAAGAAAUGUGCCCGAAAGUUCACCGACUACUGUGAUCUGAAUAAGGACAAAGCCAUUUCCCUGCAGGAGCUGAAAGGCUGCCUGGGCGUCAGCAAGGAGGGUAGCUCAACAACAAGUGGCAACCAAGGGACAAGGCAAGGGACAAAUUUGUUCAUAGGACGUCUGGUGUGAGAAGAGAAGGAUCAAGAAGCUGAGAUGAGAGCAGAGGGCACAGAGGGAAGGCAUCUGCGCGCUUGCUGACAGGACAGAGACAGAUGGAGCAGAAAAAUUAAGAAGUUCCUGAGUUUUGUAAAUGAACAGAAAAAAAAUGGAAAAGAAAAACAAAGUGGCACCAAAAUAUUUGCACUUUCUUCUCCCUAUGUUUGACAUUUUAUUUGUUUUUAUGUUUUUUUCCUGUCUUGAAGUGACUGAAAAAUAUCUAGGUAAGAAUGAGAAUAUAUUUGCAAAGAUGACAGGCUCACCACUGGAAGAGCAAGUAUGUGUAUAUUACCACAAUUCUCUGUGUGUUAAGUCUGAUGUUUUGAUUCCUUCUGUGUGUCCUCACGCGGUACUAAUACACAUUUUUUUGCCAUGUGAAUUAAAAUUACAGGCCCUUUGUUACAAAAAGCAGCACACAGGUCAGUGGAAACCUAUAAAAGAGGAUCUUGCUGUGAGUCACAUACAAAAAAAAGAAUGGUGCUUAUUUAAAACGCACUCUACAAGUCAGUCUAGAACAACUAAAACAAAUGUGUAAUGUUCUAUGUGAAGAAGCAACAAUUAUGUGAGUGGCAUGUAUCGGAAUUAAACUGUGAGUUGAGUCUAUGGAUCAUCAGCACAGAAUUAGCUGCGUGAAUCCUGCACAAAACCUUCUCGAUACAUUAACAUUUUGGAUAUCUGGUUUUUGUCAAGUGUCAUGCACGCACCGGUGUCGGACAGUGGUAGCUAAGUGGAUGUCACUUUUUUUUUUACCCAAUUACUUUUUCUACAACCCCAAAACAUUGCAAAAACACUCUUCUUCACUAUUCAUAAUUUAUUUUCACAUUCUGUAGUAUCAAAAAAAGAGAAUUUACAACAACAAAUCCCAAAAAGUUGGGAUGCUGUGUAAAAUGUAAAUACAAACAGCAUGCAAAGAUUUGCAAAUCUCAUAAUCCCAUAUUUUAUUUACAAAUGAAAAUGUACCAUUUUCUGGGAAAAAGCUCAUUUGAAAUUUAUUGGUAGCAACGUAUCUCACAUUAAUUGAGACAAAGCCAUAUUUACCACUGUGUAGAAUCCUCUGUUCCAAUCCAGUUGUCUGACUUUUGGGAGAUGAAUUCUGUUCCAUUAACUAAAUGUUUUCAGUUAGUGGAAGGUCUGGACUGCAGGCAGGCCAGUUCAGCACCCAGACUCUUAUACUAUGAAGCCAUGCUGUUAUAAAAGAUUCAUCAUGCAGUUAAGCAUCGUUUUGCCAAAAUGUGCACGAUUUUCCCUGAACAAGAUAUCAUCUACCUUUGAACACUAAUGAUGCCUUUCCAGAGGUGCAAGCUGCCAGUUCCAUGGGUACUAAUGUACCCCUAUACCAUCAGAGAUGCAGGCUUUUGAACUGAGCACUAUUAAGGCGGAUGCUCUCUUCCCUCUUUAGUUAGGAGAAUGUUAAGCGCUUGCUCUCCAAACAGAAUUUGAAAUUUGGACUCAUCUGACCAUAGAACAGCUUUCCACUUUGCCUUAGUCCAAUUUAAAUAACCUUUGGCCCAGAGAAGAUUAUGGUGUUUCUGCAUCAUGUUCACAUAUAACUACUUCUUUGCAUGAUAGAGCUUUAACAUGCAUUUAAGAAAAUAAUGCCUGUUUUUAAUGCAGUGCCAGUUGAGGUCCCAGCUAUCACGGACAUACAAUAGUGAUUUUAGUCUUAUUCUUUGCACACAGAGAUUUCUCCAGAUUUUGUGAAACUUGUGAUAUUAUCACAAGAUCAUAUUAUCUACUGUAGAUGAUAUGACAUUUAAACUCUUUACACUCAAUCGCUUUUAAAAGGAACAUUAUUCUAAUAUUGUUCCACAAUUUGGAGAUGCGCAUUUUUGCAGGUUGGUGGAUCUCUGUCUAUCUUUACUUCUGAGAAACUCCAAGAAUACCUGAUUAGUUGUGAAAUUUUCCACAAGCUGGCUUUUUGGUACCACUUACUUUUGAAAGAAUAUUUUCAUGAGAUGUCUCAGUUUAAACAUGUGAUAUGUUUUCAGUGUUCUAUUUUAAAUAAAAUAUGGGUUUAUGAUA